UACGAAUGACCCCCUGUCCGACAUUUUGUUCAAAGUCGACAUUGCGUUUUCUUUUGUGCUUGCUUCCGAUUGAUUUUCGUUUUGCUGCUCGAGAAUUUUUCCACCGCCUACUACCUCUGCACCAUGUCGCGUCCAGUCGGAUUGAUCUUGGCCACCUUCACGGAUGAUGGCCUCGUGCGCAUGACCGCUCUAACCGCCGGAAUCCGUCGUGGCGCUCCGACUUGCUGCCGGGAGGCUCCUGCUCCGGUUGCCAGACCCGCUGCUGCAAAGGUCAAGGCCCCGAAAGAAUCCACCAAGGGCAAGGUCCUGUUCGUGGGAAAUCUGAAGCGGUCCAUCAACAUCCAGCAGCUGGCGGCGGAAUUCGCUCCGUUCGGCACCGUUACGGCGCUCCGCCUGGUGAUGGACAAGGAGACGGGCCGCUCCAAGGGUUUCGGUUACGUGCAGUUCGUGGAGGCGGCCGAUGCCGCCAAGGCCAUGGCCCAGAUGAACGGUCGGCUCGUGGAGGGACAGAAGCUGAAGGUGACGAUGGCGCACCAGCCAAACUUUAUGGAAUUCUGAGAUUUCCAUUUUUGUCAUUUCAAAGUUCACAAUAAUUACGACAUGUUACGGAUUUGUAAUCAAAACGCACGAAAAUAAAGAAACUGAACUUUAUUAAACAU